AGCAAAGACAAUUUGAUAGCCCAGUCGACCACCACUUUCAAUCAAGCACACCACACCCUCUCCGACCACAAGGCGCAGGAUAUUGAUCUCUUUGCGACCGGACAAUCUCAAUCUUUACAAUGGCACCAGUCGCUCCCGCUCAGGCUCGCGGCCAAAAAGGCAAGCAGACCAAGGCCAAGGUCACCAAGAAGUACACCAUCAACUGCAGCCAGCCUGUCAGCGACAAGAUCUUCGACUUGGCCGCCUUCGAGAAGUUCCUGCACGACCGUAUCAAGGUCGAAGGCCGAACCGGCAACCUGGGCGAUAACGUCGCCAUCUCGCAAGUCGGCGGUGGAAAGAUCGAGGUCGUCACACACAUUCCCUUCUCCGGACGCUACUUGAAGUACUUGACAAAGAAGUUCCUCAAGAAGCAACAGCUCCGUGACUGGCUCCGUGUCGUGUCGACCAGCAAGGGUGUCUACGAAUUGAGAUUCUUCAACGUGGUCAACGACGAGGGUGACGAUGAUGAGGAAUAGAUGUCGAUACUAGCAUUCGACAACUUUCAGGGAUUAUCAGGGGAAGAGUUCUUUGUUGCAACUAUGAUACCCCUUCUAUCCGUUGAUACAGAUGGAUCUGGUACCUCAUGUUCUCCAGUUCGAUGGGGUACUUCAACGAUGAGCUCAAUCUAAACCAUCUCGAAUCGUCCGACACGUGCUUUUCCCACUUACUGUUCUCGCCUAACCCUGCCACCUCCAGAAGGGUAUGAUCGAGUAGCCAUUUCAUUGGAUAUUGUUUCGUCUUUGCAUCCUGUCCUUGACCCAAUUUGACCUCCGAGUAACUGCCGGGGCUGUCUACCACGAGGAGCCAUGAGCCCGGCUGCAUGAUAUCAGUUAGCGCCAGCAGCAAUGCAGUCGUCCGCGAAAUCGAGCUGGUAAAGAGUUCGUUUAACGUGAACAUGAUGGUGCAGAGCCGGAC